UAAGAUGUCCACACCGUGACAGACAGACGACAGUCCGUAUUUGGUCAUUCAAACAGAGUCACUAUGUUUCCAUCGCGAUUAAAUUGUUAAUUGAUUUACUUAAUAUACUGUGUCGUAACGGUAUUUGAUACAGUAUCGACAUCAAGACUCCCAGUAAGAGAGUUAGCACAAAAAUUAUAAUAUAAUAUGAUAUAUGGAUCGGGACUUCCCUGUCACAGUCACUGCCAGUGUCAUUGACAUUGUCAACUUUGACACUGUCACCUUUAGUGUCACUGUCAGCUAGCAUAUGCCAUAUGAAUGAAAUUAUUGUGCCUUUCCCCCUGUAUUAGUAUUACUAUUAGUAAAUAAAUCGAUUACCCAGCACCGUCUUUUCUAGAAUGGGGAGAAUUCCUGAUAGGUGGGAAGCUUAUAGUGAAUUUGGGAAGAUAAUCGCAGGUACUCGUUUUCUUCCCCUGAAAGUGCCAUUGAAAGAGGAGCUGUGUAUGCAGGUUUCAGAUGAAUUAUGGUUCACACCGGCCUGUUUACAAAAGAAAGUGGCAGAUUUGGAGGGCCGCUGUCUAGGCCUAGUGAUUGAUCUCACAAACACAACUCGUUACUACGACUAUCGGGAGUUCACAUACAACAAUGUUGACUAUGUGAAGAUAUUCUGCGAAGGCCAUGUGGUGCCAAGCAGCAACGUUGUACGCCAGUUCUAUGAGGCAAUAGACAACUUCCAGAGGAAAUCCCACAGUAAAGAUUCCGUCAUUGCUGUGCAUUGCACUCAUGGAGUCAACAGGACUGGUUACUUGGUUUGCAGGUACAUGAUCGAGAGGCUCUCAGUCGCACCAACAGACGCAAUCAAAGGUAGGUCCACUCAUGCUGCUCCACAAUGA